AUGUCGUUAAAAUCCCCCGCUGAAGCGGACAUUGAUCCAGCGACGCAGAUAGUUCAGAAAGAACCGAAGCGCAAAUGGGUCAGCUACAUUUGGGACACAUUUGACAAGUCACCGGAGGAGCGUCGCUUGCUUUUCAAAUUGGAUUCGGCCAUUCUAACAUUUGCAUCGUUGGGAUAUUUUAUCAAGUAUCUGGAUCAGAUCAAUAUCAACAAUGCAUUUGUCUCUGGAAUGAAAGAAGAUUUGGGCAUGUACGGAAACGAACUCAACUACAUGCAGACUUGCUGGACCAUCGGUUAUGUUAUUGGAGAAAUCCCCAGCAAUAUACUCCUAACUCGCAUCAAGCCGAGAUAUUGGAUUCCAGCUAUGGAGCUCCUCUGGACGGUCCUCACAAUGUCGCUGUCCCGGUGUAACACCCCUACUCAAUUCUAUGUUCUGAGAUUUUUCGUUGGUCUCGCUGAAAGUACUUUCUAUCCCGGAAUGCAAUAUAUCAUCGGCUCAUGGUACCGGAAAGACGAGUUGGCAAAACGGUCAUGCAUCUUUCACACGAGUAGCGGAAUUGCCAGUAUGUUUUCUGGUUAUCUGAUGGACGCUGUUUAUCAUCUUGGAGGACGAGGAGGCUUCAAGGGAUGGCAAUGGCUGUUUAUUAUCGAUGGGGUCAUUUCCCUGCCCGUUGCUAUUAGUGGGUUCUUUAUCCUCCCCGAUGAGGUUAAUCUCGCCCAAACGAGAAUGAAAUUAGAAGGAAGGCAGAACAGAGAGCCAUACACAAAGUCAAAGCUGAAGAAAAUCUUCACGUCGUGGCAUAUCUAUCUUCUAACCUUGCUUUAUAUAUGCUUCAACAAUGGUGCCGCUGGAAGUCAGCCUAUCUUCCAACAGUUCCUCAAAAACUCGAAAGAUCCUGUAUAUUCAAUCAGCAAGAUCAAUUCGAUACCAACCACCACCCCAGCGGUUCAAGUUGUAACAACCCUCGCGUACGCGUGGAUAUCGGACACUGUCCUGAACGGCAGCCGUUGGCCCCCAGUCAUCUUCGGUGCUUGUGUCAACAUCAUAAGCUACGUCUCGCUCGCAGUUUGGGAUAUUCCGAUGGGAUGGAAGUGGACUUGUUACAUUAUCAGCGGGGCUGGAUACGGACUUAGUGGUCUGUUAAUGGCCUGGGCACAUGAGAUAUGCUCUGAAGAUAAUGAAGAGCGAUCCUUGGUUAUCGGAAGCAUGAAUGAAAUGGCUUAUGUUUUCCAAGCCUGGCUGCCUCUUGUGGUCUGGCAGCAGGUCGAUGGGCCGGAAUACCGCAAGGGCUUCAUCACUGUCACCGUUCUGUCUGUUAUCUUGAUUAUCAGUACUUUCGGUGUUCGGUUCCUUCACAAAAGAGAGAAAUUGAGAAAAGGGAAUCAGACUCAGGAAGCGGAGACGGAGGAUAGUUCCUCGGAUUCCCUAGGAAUGACCCCUAUUGAGACGAAGCAUAUCAAGUCUUGA